GUCACUAGUCUUUCAAGAACAUAGGUAACUGUGUGUGUGUGUGAGAGAGAAACUUUGCCUACUCUAUCGUGUCUGACUUGGGGUUCUCUUUGCUUACUUCUUUGCCAUUAUUCUUGACCCAACUUCCCCUUCCCCACCUCAUACUCUCCAAAAAUUCAAGAAAAAUAUAUCUACUAAUCACUUGUAUUACCCUUAAUUUCUCACCUUGUUCAAGUGUAUCUUGUUCCUGUUGAAAAAGGUGUUAACGGUUUUAUAAUCUGUUGUGUCUUUGUUCAGAUCCAAGUUAUUAUCUUUUUCUCUUACUUGGUUUGAGUCAGUUGACUUAGCUAGUACCUGUGCUCAGAGGUUGAUGACCAUCGUAAAUUUGGUCAUGUAGUAAUUUAGACCCAUUUGAGCACAGAAUCUUGAAGUGGCUUUCUUGAUCAGUCCUCUGCUGCAGCAGUGUCUUAAGUUAUUUAUAAAAUUUUGACUGAAAUCUUGAUGGAAACAUUGAGGUUUAAGUAGGUUGAAGGUCAUUAUACGGCAAUGGGUGGCCUUUGCUCAAGAAGAGCCACCAGUGAGAAUACAACAGGUCGUGGCCUUCCACAUGUCAACGGCCACUUUAAUUAUGGUGCUGGAACAGUUUAUCAGUCACAUAGGUUGCCCACACAGGCUAAUAAUGAGUCUAUGCAAUCUCCACCGGGGGAAAGCACAGAAAAACAACCGAGUGAACCAGCAUUCUCUUUUCCGGAGUUGAAUGCAGUUUCUCAUGGGGUUGAUAUGGAUGAUAUCAAUGAUGGAAUUCCUCGAUUGUCUAGGGCUUUAUCAAAUAAAACCAGAUCAACAAGGUCAAAGCAAGUUGCCAUGGCAAAGGUUUCAGAAGUGAGUUCACUUUUGGGCAGAGCUGGUACGGUGGGGCUUGGCAAGGCAGUAGAUGUGUUGGACACAUUAGGUAGCAGCAUGACAAAUUUAAGCCUAAGUGGUGGCUUUGCGUCCAGCAUGGCAACCAAGGGAAAUAAAAUUUCAAUUUUGGCAUUUGAAGUGGCAAAUACGAUUGUCAAGGGCGCCAAUCUUAUGUAUUCCCUUUCAAAAGAGAACAUUAAGCAUUUGAAGGAGGUGGUGCUCCCUUCUGAAGGUGUGCAGCUGUUGAUAUCAAAAGAUAUGGAUGAGCUCUUGAGAAUUGCUGCAGCAGACAAAAGGGAUGAGCUGAAAAUAUUCUCUUGUGAAGUGGUUCGCUUUGGAAAUAGUUGCAAAGAUCCUCAAUGGCACAACUUAGACCGCUACUUUGAGAAGUUGGAGUCAGAAUUGACACCUCAUAAACAAUUAAAAGAAGAAGCCGAGUCUAUGAUGCUGCAUUUAAUGACCUUGGUACAUUAUACAGCUGAACUGUACCAUGAAUUGCAUGCAUUGGACAGAAUUGAGCAAGAUUGUCGACGUAAAGUUCAAGAAGAGGAUACCUCAAAUGCUACUCAGAGAGGAGAUACCCUUGCAAUUUUGAGGGCAGAGUUGAAAAGUCAAAAGAAACAUGUUAAAAGCUUGAAAAAGAAGUCUCUCUGGUCCAGGGUAUUGGAAGAGGUGAUGGAAAAGCUUGUUGACAUUGUUCACUUCCUCCAUUUGGAGAUCCAUGCUGCAUUUGGCAGCACUGAUGGAGACCGACCAAUAAAAAACAACCAUCAGAGAUUAGGAUCUGCUGGUCUUGCAUUACAUUAUGCGAAUAUCAUUACUCAGAUUGAUACACUUGUUGCUCGAUCAGGUUCGGUGCCCCCAAAUACAAGAGAUGCUUUAUACCAAGGGUUGCCACCAAGCAUAAAGUCAGCUUUGCGAUUCAAACUGCAAUCGUUCCAGCUCAAGGAAGAGUUAACUGUGCAACAAAUCAAAGCUGAAAUGGAGAAAACACUGCAGUGGCUUGUUCCCAUGGCAACCAAUACAACCAAGGCCCACCAUGGCUUUGGAUGGGUUGGAGAAUGGGCAAAUACCGGGAAACCUGCUGGCCAGACUGAUCUACUUAGAAUUGAGACACUCUAUCAUGCCGAUAAGGAGAAAACCGAAGCUUAUAUUCUUGAACUGGUGGUGUGGCUUCAUCAUCUUGUCACUCAGUCAAGAAAUGCUACAAACGGUGGAAUUAGAUCUCCUGUGAAAUCUCCAAGCUGUUACCCUAAUCAAAGGAUGAAUCAGUUAACACACAAGCCAAGUUCUCCAUCUCCUGCAUUAACUGUUGAAGACCAAGAAAUGCUUCGGGAUGUAAGCAAGAGAAAACUGACUCCUGGAAUUAGCAAGUCUCAAGAAUUCGAUACAGCAAGAACAAGGUUGAGCAAGUUCCAUAGGCUGAGUAAGAGUAGUAACCAUUCCCCUAUAAGAGAAACCAGGAAGGACCCCUUUCCUAUAAGGAGACCGUCUUCUGUUCCAGUGAUCGACUUUGACAUUGACCGACUCAAAGCUUUGGAUGUCAUCGACAGAGUGGACACCAUUCGGGGCGCAUAAUGGUACAAUAUUGUAGUUGCAUUGGCAAAGAGGGAUCUUUUAUUUGACGCGUCGUCUUUCUACUGCAUUUGAUUAUUUUCUGAUGCACUGGCUGCCUUUCUGCAUGAGCUGAUCAUCUUCCUCUGGUGCCUUGUAUUAUGGCCUAGUUUGUGUUGGUGAAUCAGAUGUCAGAAACACAUCGAAGUUCUGCAAUCUUUCUGCUGCAAUUUUUCCAGUAAAUUUAGGGUACUCUGAUGAGUGAAAGUGAUUCUUUGUCUCUCUGUCUUUUCCGUUUUCUGAUAAAAAUAGGAAAGUUGGGAUACAGGCUUGGUUGAGCUAUCUGGUAUCUUGAAACCUCUCGGGAGAGCUGGCGGAUAGGUGGGUGGGAGAAGUUUGAUAGAGCUGAGCUUUUUAGUAGAGCUGAAUUAAUGCGACUCCCACAAUUCUAUCCUCAUAUGUACAGAAUGUUGUUCUAUAUUAUUUUUUCCUUUAAUAAUCAAAAGCUUGUUCUUUGUUUCUCCUA